AUGUCCUUUCUUUUGCGCCGACGUGUUCAACCUCGGAACAUUCUUGGAGUUGCCGCAGCAAGCCGCAGAACCCUUUCGUUGGCAAGCUUUGAUUGGGAGGAUCCUGUCUCUUCAAAGAGUUUGCUCACCUCGGAAGAACUUGGCAUUCAGGAGACUGCUCGAGCAUACUGCCAAGAGCGCCUGCUACCUCGAGUCCUCGGCAAAAAAGAGGCUUACCGAAGUGAGCAUUAUGACCGGAACAUUCUCAGGGAAAUGGGAGAGUUGGGCCUUCUUGGAGCCACAAUAUCGACCCAUGGAUGUGCGGGUGUUAGCAGUGUGGCCUCAGGUCUCAUCACAAAAGAAGUCGAACGCGUCGAUUCCGGUUACAGGUCCGGCAUGUCUGUCCAAAGCUCUCUUGUUAUGGGUCCCAUUGCCGAACAUGGCACAGAAGAGCAGAAGGACCGCUUUCUUCCCUCAUUAGGUCAGGGAACCAUGAUUGGAUGUUUUGGUUUGACAGAGCCAAAUCACGGCUCUGAUCCUGGGUCAAUGGAGACUAUCGCACGUCCACAUCCAACAAAGAAAGGAUACUUGUCAAUUUCCGGAGCAAAGACUUGGAUCACCAACUCUCCCAUAGCUGAUUUGCUUCUGGUCUGGGCCAAACUAGAGACCACGGGCAAGAUUCGUGGGUUCCUCAUAGAACGAGAACUCUGCCCUCCUGGAACUCUUGAAACGCCUGCGAUCAAGGAGAAGAAUGGCCUGAGAGCAUCCAUUACCGGCAUGAUCCAGCUCGAUUCCUGCCCAGUGCCCGAAGAAAACAUGCUUCAGGUGGAAGGUCUCAAGGGACCUUUCAGCUGUCUCAACUCAGCCAGAUAUGGCAUCGCCUUUGGUACAAUGGGAGCUCUGGAGGACUGCAUUGACCGCGCAAGGACAUAUGCACUGGAUAGAAAGCAGUUUGGUAACCCACUUGCGAAGUAUCAGCUUGUACAGAAGAAACUCAGCGACGCGCUCACUGAUGCAGCUUACGGCACUCUAGCAGCUAUUCAAGUGGGAAGACUCAAGGAUGAGGGCACGUUGGCACCUGAGAUGAUUUCGAUCAUCAAGAGACAGAAUUGCGAUCGGGCGCUGGCUGGUGCCCGCACUCUGCAAGAGAUCUUUGGAGGAAAUGCUGCCUCAGACGAAUAUCAUAUAGGACGUCAUGUCGCAAAUCUCUUCGUGGUGCAAACAUACGAAGGACAGUCCGAUAUCCAUUCUAUGAUUGUUGGAAAGGGUAUUACAGGCUUGCAGGCCUUCUAUUAG